CAAGCCCGCGUCGCCCAAGCUGUGGCAAGCCCGAGCACGAACACAAGUCGACGCUCCGAGCCAUGGGCGUCCCCACCUUCUACAGGUACGUGCACGAUCGCUGGCCGCGAUGCCUCUCGGACUGCGCCGAGCCGGUGGCCGCCGGGCCGAGCGCCGCUGCCGGGCCGGCCGCGGUCGAGUUUGACGCGCUCUACCUCGACUUCAACGGGCUCGUGCACAAUGCGACGCACCCGCAGGACCGCCCGGCGCCGGCAACGCGCGCCGCGAUGAUGCUCGAGAUCUUCCGGCUCGUCGACCGCUUGGUUGCGGUGGCGAGGCCACGCCGGCUGCUGUACAUUGCGGUGGACGGCGUCGCGCCCCGUGCAAAGAUGGACCAGCAGCGCUCGCGCCGUUUCCUCACGGCGGAGGAGAGGCGCGUCGCCGCAGUCCCGGUCAGCGAGGAGGCGGCGGCGGCGGCGGAAGCGGCGGAGCCGGGCAGCGGCGGCGCAGCUUGCAGCUUUGACCACAACGCAAUCACUCCCGGCAGCGCCUUCAUGGCAGAUCUGCGCCAUAGCCUGCGCUACUACUGCGCCUCGCGCGCCGCCUCGAGCCCCGCGUGGAGGCGGCUCGAGGUGGUCCUCUCCGACUCCGCCGUCGCUGGAGAGGGCGAGCACAAGAUAAUGGACUUCAUCCGGCAGCAGCGCCGCCAGCCCGGCUACGCGCCCGACACGAGCCACUGCAUCUACGGCCUCGACGCCGACCUCGUGAUGCUCUCCCUCGCCACGCACGAGCUGCGCGUCCACUUGCUGCGUGAGUGGGUCCCGGUUGGCGCCGAGCGCUUCCGCGUACGCUGCGACGCUUGCGGGCGCGACGGCCACACGCGGGACGAGCACGCAUUGCGCGCGAGCAAGACGGCCCACCACAAGCGAGGCCCCGCCGCCGGACUGGCCGGCCGCAUCGCGCCCGCCGCCAGCCCGCCAGCAGAGGGUGGCGCGGGCGCGGGCGCGGCUUCGGGCGCGGGCGCGAGUGCGGGCGCGGGCGGCGCGGGUGCGGGUGCGGCGGCGGGUGCGGCGGCGGCGGGUGCGGGUGCGGCGGGUGCGGGUGCGGGUGCGGCGUCGGCGGCGGCGGCGCGAGCCGCGGCGUCGUCAGUGUGUGCGGCGGGCGAGGAUACGGCGGUGGGGUGCUGCGGCGCCGCGGUCGGCUCGGGGGCGGCGGACGCGACUGGCGGCUGGCGCGCUUCCGAGUACCGGGCACGGUUCGGGGGCGACUUCGACGCGGCCAAGCUGCGCGCGCUCUGUGUCGCGCACGUGCGAGGUCUCGCGUGGUGCGCACACUACUACUACCACGGCUGCGCCGACUGGCGGUGGCACUUUGGCUUCCACUACGCCCCCUACGCGCACGACUUGGCCGCGGUGGCGGCGGAGCUGGCGGCGGUGGCCGACGGGCCGUGGGCGGGGGGUGCGGCGGGUGACGUGGCCGGCGGCGCGGCGGGCAGCGAGUCCAUAGGGGCGUGGGGCGGCGAGGGGCCGUUGCGGCCGGUGCAGCAGCUGGCGGCGGUGCUGCCGCCGAGCAGCGCGGCGCUGCUGCCCGCUUCGUACCGGCCGCUUGUCUGUUCGGGCUCGUCGCCCCUCGCCGCCUACUACCCGCGCGACGUGCCGCUCGACAGCCGCGGCUGUGCGCAUUUGUGGCAGGCUGUGCCGCUGCUGCCGUUCCUUCCGAUCACCGCGCUGCUCCGCGAGCUGGCGCCGCUCCCGCUUACCGCGGAGGAGGCGAGGCACGACGCCGUUGGCCGCGAGAGGCUCUACGCCCACCCCGACCUCGCGCGCCGCGUCUGCGCGCCGCCAGCCGUGCGCGAUCCCGAGCCGCAUGGCCGGCAGGAGGACGGUGGUUUCGGAGCUCGAGAGUCGCCCCGGCCGGCCUCGGCGGAGGCGGGCUGGCUCGCCCUUGCGCGGCCCUCCUUCGUGGCGGGGUCGGUGCGUCGCCGAGAGGGCGGCGAGCCGAGCGGGCGGCAGGCCAGGGCGCCGCUCGACAUGCCGUUGCCUCCCGUCUGCGCCGGCUCGUUUGCCUGCUUCGACUUCCGCCCGCCCAAGCGCCGGACCCACUCGCCGGCGCCUCUGCCACGUGCGACGCCGCUGCCGCCGCGGCUCACUUUGGCCGAGCUGUCGGCCGCGACGCGAGGCAAGUCGACCGCGGAGGCGGCGGCGGCGCCCGCUGCUGCGUCGGCCUCGGCGCCGCAGAAGCGCCGCAAGACGAGCGCGACCGCGGCCGAGCUGGCCCUUGCGCGUGGGGGGUCGGCGCGCGCGCAGCCGCAGGCUGGGGCGGGGGGGAAGCAUAAAGCGCCGACGCCGGUAGACCCCGGCGCCAUGUUUGGGUUUACGUGUGUUUAGUGUCGGGUGGGGUCUGCCGUGAACAUUCCGCAAGGCCGCUCGGUUUGGCCCCCUUCCGUCCUGUCAAUGCUUGC